AUUGGUAUAGAGCUGUGCUUUGGAGCCCACGCUGAUUGGACGCUCCGCUGAAGCGACAUGCCAUUGGUGGAGUGGCCGGGAGACCGGAAGUGUUGUUAGAAGUAGAGUUUUCAUGCGCCCCCCUGAGCAGCAGUUGUCGGGUCUUUGAGUGGCGUGACGGUGCCUGGGCGGGGGAAGUGCCGAUCUGAGUCCAUAAUGUCGACGGAGCUGGUGGAAGACGAAACCCAGUUUUACGGCAAAGCCCAGAAUUAUUGGAAGAAUGUUCCGCCUACGGUGGACGGCAUGCUGGGAGGAUACGGUCAUAUAUCCAACGUAGAUCUCAAUGGCUCCAAGAAGUUCCUGCAGAGGUUUCUCAGAGAAGGGUCGAACAAGACUGGAAACGCAUGCGCUCUAGACUGCGGCGCUGGAAUCGGCAGGAUCACUAAACGACUGCUGCUGCCGCUCUUUAAAACCGUAGACAUGGUGGACGUGACGGAUGAAUUUCUGAACAAAGCCAAGAGCUUCCUCGGCGAGGAAGGCAAGAGAGUUGGGAACUAUUUCUGCUGCGGCCUGCAAGAGUUUUCUCCAGAGCCGAACCGCUAUGAUGUCAUCUGGAUCCAGUGGGUAAUAGGGCAUCUGACAGAUGAACACUUGGUGAACUUCCUGCAGAGGUGCAGACUGGGCCUUCGGCCAAACGGCAUCAUCGUCAUCAAGGACAACGUCACUCAAGAUGCCUCCAUCAUGGACGACGUGGACAGCAGCAUCUGCAGAGAAAUAGAUUUAGUCAGGAAACUCAUCAAACAAGCCGGCCUCUCCAUUUUGGCCGUUGAAAGACAGGAGAAUUUCCCCGACGAGAUAUACCACGUCUUCUCCUUCGCUAUGAGAUAAAGACGGCGCCGGAAACCUGCUCAUAGACCGGUCCAUCGUUUCGGGAAGCCUUUCUGACUGUUCUGCUUUGCCAAAAGAUGUCCUUGUGCAUGAUGGUGAGACGGGGGAGGGGGGUACCAAUAGGAGAACUGCUGUGACAAAUGAAGAUUUGGAACGGGAACAAUUUAAGAGAAAAAAAGGCAUGAAACUGAGAUUUUCUAAAGAUCAGAAAUGGUUCAUUAAAGGAAAUCGUAAGAAUGUGAUGGACCACAUGGAAGGAAUUGACCGGUAGGAUUAUUGGGGGUAACUUUUUGUUCCCCAGAGUACAGUAAGGCUUAUGGCCUGGUGCCCCCUCUGCACCCCAGCUACAAAGAACUAUGUGUGUGUGUGUGUGUGUGUGUGUGUCGAGAAAUGGAAGCGUGCUUUCAUAUACUAGAAAAAGUUAUGGCACCUCCCAAAAAUGUUAAUAUUUUAAUAUAAUAAAUUAUUUUUCCUUG